CCGCGGGCCUUGCCGGGUUCCUUCCGCACCUUUCCUACGGUGACCAUGGCUAGCUGCUGCCUCCUUGGGGCCGGACCAUGGGCGGGGACGGUUGCCGGGGUAUUAAAGGGAAGCUCGCCCGCGGCCAGACUGCCUGUACCCGUGCGGCGGCGUCCCUGCAGCCAAGUCUUGCCGGAGGACGUGCCGUGGGAGCCCGUGUCUGGCGGACUGGAGCAUUAAGGUGAGGACCGGAGGCGAGAGGGGAGCUCUGCGGUCAGCAGUGCGUCUGCAGCCGAGACAAAACCCGGCAGGGACUGACCUGGCAGACCUGCGGUGGCCCAGUGCUAGCCGGGCCGCCUCGGACCUGAUGUGUCCGGGCUGGAACGAAGCCCUGUCUCCACCUUCCACUCUUAGACGCAAAAGUGCAGAAAUCCUUUUACAGUCACUAGACUUGGGAUUCUUUCAGUAGUUAGGUGAACGGACGCGCUGAGAAGAUACCUAAAAAGACAGAGCAAGUCCUGACAGAGUUAGUAAGUGAACCCCACCUCUCCCCAAUGCUGCGUCCCUUUCUCUCACAAAUUGGGAUUUAGAGGGAUGUAAGCAUUCAGACAUCAAGUUCCCUUUUUGGCACUAUGCUACUGCUAUUUUUCCUCUUUUUGCUCUAGGGCUCUUUCUGGCUGUAGGGAGCUGGGAAUUGAACAGAAGUCCUUCCCCAACUAUUCUUUUGAACUAUACUCAUAGCUCUAAUCCCACGAUUUUUUCUUAUGAGGCGUCUAGAACUAGUGUGAUAUACAGUUCACACUAGUAUUGGAUUCAGAGGAAAAUCUUGUUUAUGAAAUUUAAACCGUUAAAGUGUAAGGUCAUUUAGGAAUGUUAAGGACUGUAAGAGACAGAGCCUAAUAUCUAUUGUAUACUGCAUAAGUACUGUACUGUACUAUUCUGAGAUCUUCAUUUAUGUGAGGUAUUUGGGAGUCUCUCCAUUUUACAGGUCAGAAAUUGACUCCGAGUGGUUUUCACCCAGUACCGUCAAGCUAUUGAAUAGUAACUGGGCUCUGAGUGGUGACCUGAUGUUGCUUAUUGAUUUGUCAGCUGUGGUCCCAGGAUCACUAGCCCAGCAUCACCCGGAAUACAGCGCCUUCUGUCUCCUAUGAUUUGCAGGGGCAGGCCCAAGAGUCUGCAUUUUUAUCUGAAACCUAUGCUGAAAACCCUUGUGUGGCACUGUGAUGUGCUGCCUCCCAGAGGAGAAGCUAGAGAUGAACAUAUUUGGGGCUUUGGAGAUCUCCAUAUUGGAUUUUAGGAUAAGUUUUAAAAGUAGACAUAAGCUUUGAGUGAGCAAAACCCCAAGAAGAUGUUUAGCAAAGUAGUGUUUUGAUGCAGGCUUGGUUUUAGUGUCUACAGAAAGAGAUGCCCACGCUUGGUGAGUUAGAUUGUGAAUAAAGGCAUUACUUCCUCCUUUUUUCCCCCCUGCAAAGCUCUUAAACCAUCAUUCGUCCUCUUUACAAAUACUUGUAAAGCACUUAAUAGGUGUUAUGCAAGCAACUUGAGGUUACAGCUUAAACUAAGUGUAGGAGCUAAAAAGAUGGCUCAAUGCUUCAGAGAAUAACUGUUCCAGCAGAGGACUUGAGUUAAGUUCCAGGACCCUUGGUGGAUGCCUAACAAUCACCUGUUUGAUGAGGUUCUCGAACCCUCUUCUGGACUCCAAGGGCACCUGUGCACACACAUGCAUGUGCGCACACACACACACACACCACACCACACACACAUAUACACAUACUUCAAAUGAAUCUUUUAGAAGUGAAUAUAUAAUAGGAAUGACAAAACAAAGGCCAUAGGGGGAAACGUCAAGCCAAAGAGAAGGGCAGAUGGCCCCUUAAGGCAGACAUGGAGACAGGAGGGGUGCUAUUUUUACGUAUUGUGUUUAGUAAGGAGCUGAUUGGUAAGGUGACAUUUGAGAAAAAUAAAAAGAACGAGUGUGAAUUUAACUGGGGAAGGACAUUCCAGCUAGAAGAAACAAACAAAUAAACAAAAAAUUACAGAGGAAGCCAGAGCACCAGAUUAUAGCACAGAUGUAAAUUUUAUAUUGCUGUUCCUAAUAGAAGAUGAAAGAAUAAUUCGGUGUACAUAUACUAUAAAACAUACACUGGAGGGCAUGCAAUAGUUGGCCGUGACCAUUGCUAGUGUCCUGGGAGAUGGAGACAGGAGGAACUCCCUGGCCAGCCAGUCUGGCUAAAACUCUGAGCUUUGGGUUCAGUUGUUCCAGAAAAUACAGUGGAGGCUCAUCAAAGUGGUUUAGUGGAUAAAGACAAUUACUGCAUAAGUGUGGUUACCAAGUUCAAUCCCCAGAACUCACGUAAAGGUAGAAGGAAGUGGAACAAUAGAGCUGACUUCACAAAGUUGUCAAAAUACUCCUGUAUGUGCCUGCACACAGGACCUCACAUUACACAUACAAUAAUAAAUUUUUUUAAAUUAAAAAGGCAUGUAUACUAUAUAUGCAUAUAUACACUCACAACUAUAAAUUUAUCUUAAUUAUUAAUUAAAAUAUAAUAUCAUUUCCUCCCUUUGAUUUCUUCCCUUCAAACCCUCCCAUGUCCCCCCUCACUUCUCAAAUUUUGCCUUCUUUUUCUUUGUUGUCGUUACAUAAUCUACAGGUGCAUAAAUAUAUAAACUCAGUGUGCUGAUAUAAAUAUAAUGUGCUGAGUCUGUUUAGUGUUACCUGUGUGUGUAUGAUUUCAGGGCUGGCCACUUGGGAAUUGGCUAAGACACUUGGCGUGUCAUCCCUGGGGAAGACUAAUUUACCCACGUUCAGCAUUCCUCAGUUUCCUGUGGUUCUUUGCCUAGGGGUGGGACUCAGUGAGAGUUCCUCCUUCUGUAUCUAUUGGUGUCAGACUUGCUCAGGUCUUGUUAGGCAGCCACACUGUUGAGGUAUCAUUUCAGUAAUGCAGCCUCACAACCGACUUCCCAGUCCUCUAGACCUCUUUCUGCCCCCUACCCGAGCCCCUUCCACGAUAUCCCCUGAACCUUAGGUGCAGGUCUUGUGUUGUGCAUGUGUCCAUUGGGGCUUGGCACCCCACAAUCAGUCGUUCUCUGUCUUUUGACCUGUUGUGGUUUUCUGUGAUUGCAUCUGUGUGCUGCAAAGAGAAGUGUCUUUGAUAAAGGGUAAAAGCUACACUUACCUGUGGGCAUAAGACGGUACUUAGAAUGCUGUUUGGUAUCAAGCUGGAUUAGUAAACUGCCAACAGUAAGUCCUCUGAGAUCGAUGACUUCACUAGCCCUAAGUACUUGGCUAGGUUUACAAUAUUGGGCAUAAAGUCCUCCUGUGAGCAGGCCUUGAGUCCAGUCAGACAGCUGUUGGUUACUCACAAAGAUAUGAAUGCCACCAUUGCACCCUUAAGGGUAUCUUGCUAUGCCAAUCAUCAUGGUUCACAGGUAUCCCAGCUGAGUGGGACGGUUGUGUUUUUUUCUUCUUAGGAAGCUUGCAUGUUUCCAUGGAAGCUGGUCCUCAGGGAGGAUGCUUUCAGGUCUGACCAAGCUAGAAUCCUCUGGGUCCUGCUUAGAAACUAAGCUCCAAGGGCAACAGCGGUAGCCAAUAUUGUUUUGGGUGACUCUUGGACUCCCUGACUGAAUUAGUGUUUUACUGCUGUGAAGAGACACCAUGACCAGGGCAACUCUUGUCAAGGAAGGCAUUUAAUUUAUGGCUGGCUUACAGUUUCAGAGGUUUCCUCCAUGACAUGUGAGAAAACGUGGCGGCAUGCAGGCAUACAUGGUCCUCUAGAAGCUGAGAUCUUGAUCCACAGUCAGCAGGAGACUGUGUACCAAACUGGCAUAGCUUAAGCAUAGGAGACCUCAAAGCCUGCCCCCACAGUGACACAUGUACUCCAAGGCCACACUUCCUAAUAGUGCCACUCACUCCCUAUGGGCGUAGCAUUCAAACACAUGAGUCUGUCCAGGCCAUACCUACUUAAACCACCACACUGACCAACAAUUUGAAACCUGCUAUUCCCCUCUCUAGGGCUCCACCCCCUCCUCCUAGAGUCCUUUUCGAUAUUGCAGGUUUCCGUGGUUACUCCAGGUCCAUACUCACACAUGGAAGUCUGGGGCUAGACACCACAGACAAGAGAGAUUGUGUGGUCUUCUGGGUCUGUGUUACUCCCUCAAUGUAAGAUUUCCUCAUUCCAUCCAUUUACCUGAAAUUAUCACAAUUUCAGUUUCUUUACAGUUGAAUAGUAUUCCACUGUGUAUAUGUGUCUUAGUUUUAUUGUCUGUUAACAUGUUGAAAGAAAUUGGGAUUGUUUCCAUUCCCUAAUUAUUGGGAAUAGAGCAGCAAUGAACAUAACUGGAAAAUAAGCCCUUCCUGAUGACUAGCUUUCAUAAUUCCAGAAGGUGCCAUGGAAGGUGCCAAAGGAGGGAAGCAACCUAUAGUCUUGCCCAGGCUAGACCCAGCUCAGGUCCUCCAGGUAAGCAGGUGUAUAAUAGGGUGUUGAAUCCUUCAGGCAUAUACCAAAGAGUGGCAUAGCUGGGCCAUAGGGUAAAUUUAUUCUUAGCUUUUAAAGAAUCUCCACACAGAUUCUCAGAGUGAUUGGAUCAGUUUGCAACCCCACCAAUGGUGAAUGAGAAUUCCUUUCCCCAAACCCUUUCCAGCAUUUGUUGUAAGUUAUUUGUUGGUAGUAGCCAUUCUGACUGGGGUAACAUUAAAUCUCGAAAGUUGUUUUGGUUUGCAUAGGAGUUUCAGUAUUACAGGCUUCAUAUUGAGGUCUUCAAUCCAUUUGGACUUAUGUGGUCUGCUUUCCUUCUUCUGAAUGCAGACAUUCAGUUUUCUAUUUCUAUUUCCACACCAUUUUGAAAGAUGCUGUCUUCAAGGUGUGUCUUCUGUAGGAACCUGCUUAGUAUAUGAGGCCUGGUUCAAGCCCAACACUCCACUUGCUCACCUCCCAAAGAAAUAGAUGGAGAUGUCAGGAAAAGGCACGGAGUUGAAGGCCGCAACCCAGCACCAGCUGCUUAAUGUUCGUGACUGCUGAUUGGACAUGGGUGCAUGGGGGAAAGAAAAUAGAGGCCUCUUAGAGGAGACUAUACCAGUGUUUCUGUUUAGUAUAGAGAGAGUGAGCCUUCACAGGAUUCUGUGACAUAUCCAAAUAUUUGUGUUUUCCAGUAGUCUUAGGUGACCCCUGAAGGGGUCAAGAUGCCCAGGUUGGGAACCACUAGACUAGAUGCCCACUGGAACUUGAUGAAAGGACUAGACUGCUGAAAUGAUGGCAGUAAGUCAUCAGUUAGGCUGUUUUUGCCCUUAGUUGGUCCUGGGCAAGCAGGAAAGAAGUCAUUGAUGGUGUGGCAAUAUGGGGCCACAUGCCAUGUUUGGGAUGGAGAUAUAGGACAUAGCCACAAUGGCAAGGUAAGGUAGAUAGAGAUAAAGAUAGAGGUUUGUCUGUUUCAUGUAGCCUGGCCUCAAGCUUACUGUACUGUGUAGGUUGAGGGUAACCUUGAACUGUUGAUCCCCCUACUUCUUCCUCCCAAGUGUGAGAUUAUAGAUGGGCAUUAUUCUAGUUGUAUACAAUGUAUGUAUUCAGCGGCUUCUGAAAGACCAAGAAAUAGGAAUCUUUCCUGAACAAUCCUUGUAAAGGGACACUGUAGUCAGGUCUGCCCAGUUAGUAACCAGACAGUUGUGACCCAGAUGGGUCAAAUGGAUUAUACAGAAUCCUGGAAUAAUGGCUAUCUCAAAGAAGUUUCCAUUGACAUUGGUGAGGAGAGGUUCUGGGGACCUGAAACCUUUUUGUUGAGUCUGCUAACCCAGACUUUAAAGCAUAUCUCUCAGAAUGGAUGAAGACAUUCAGAAUUGCUCUAUUGACAUUAAGCAUUUUUCUCCAAGAAUAUUCUCCUCUCCAUAAGUCUUGCUGUGUUCAGAGACUCUGGGUGUCAUUUGCAAGGAGGUUUGAAGAAAACAACGAUGGCAGGCUGAAGUGCACAAGGAGCCAUGUGGUGGUUAGUGUACAUGUCAGCACACCUCGUACGGCAAUGGGCAGCGGUUUGCUGCUGGACACAGGCUUGCUUCUCCUGGAUCCUACCAAGGAGGCCUCAUCAAAAAGCUGUAAAGAAGCACCUAUCAUCUGUCAAAUUCCGGUGCUUGGGGUCAUCAUAAAAUUAUUGCAUACAAGUUUCAGUAUUACAGGCUUCAUAUUGAGGUCUUCAAUCCAUUUGGACUUAGGUUUUGUGCAAGGUGGUAGAUAUGGUCUGCUUUCCUUCUUCUGCAUGCAGACAUUCAGCUUUCUAUUUCUGUUCCCACACCCUCAUUAUUUUUAAGGCUAAUGAGAUAAUCUUAUUUGUUUCAUCUGGGUGGCUGAUUUGAGGUUUUAGACCCACGUGAAAUAGUGACAGUGAGCAUGCUUUUACAGGAAUAUCAGCAUGGAGACGUAAAGGAGCUAGCAUGAGUGUCUGAGUCUUGGGUCUAACAAAAAGGCUUUGUUUCAGUUUUCCGUGCCCUGGUUCUUUGUGUCGUACUGAAUCCUCCAGGAUCUGACUGUCAGUGUGUGGACAGCGUUGUAAUGCCUGAGCUGCACGCCUGUGUGUGCAGUGGAUGAGCUCAGACCUCAUAUCUCUUAUCCUCUUAUCCGUUAUGUAUGAGAGGAAAACAAGUAACCACGUGAAGGGUAAGUUUUAAAAGCUGUGUCGUGAGACUAGGCUGUGCACUCAAGGCUCUCAGCUCCUGUGAAUCAUCGUGGCUCUUUGCCUUCCUCCUCCCCAGUGGCUUCCUUUGCAAGUGCGUUAGGCUGUUGGGUCAGUAUUGUAGGUCCCCACUGAGCGACACACUCAAAGGGCUGUAGCUCUGUAGUGUCUUUUUUUUUUUUAAACAAGAAAUGACAGAUCUAAGAAUUUAAUUAUCGGGCCUAAAAGAGAUGGCCUAGCAGACAAGAGCACCGGCUGCUCUUCCAGAGGACCUAAAUUCAAUUCCCAUCACUCACAUAAUGGCUUACAAGCUUCUGUAAUUACAAUUCCAGAGGAUCCAAAGCUCUCUUCUGGACUCCACAGCCACUGACCGCAAAUAAUGCGCAGACAUGCAUGCUGGCAAAACGAACAUCUGCAUGAAGUAAAAUAGAAAGCAAGCUGAGCAUGGUGGUGCAUGCCUUAAAUCCCAGCACUUGGGAAGAGGCAAAAGCAAGUGGAUGUCUAUGAGUUUGAAGUCAACCUGGUCUACAUAAUUAACAGAGCAGCCAAGGUUACAUAGUGAUUAAUGUAGAUCUUUAAAUUUUUUAUUUUCAAAAUUGGUUUAUUUAAAGUCGAACACUGUCUUAAUAGAUCUGGGGUGAGGGGGUGAGCGUACAGGCUUUCUCAUUCGCACACAUGUGGACACACACUGAUCUCAGGUAAUAAAUUCAGUGUCUCCAUCUUUUAAAGGAUUCUUUUCUGAUUGUGGAUUUCUAGGAGUAAAGUUGCUGCUUUAAAGACAUCAUCUUCUGGCUUCCAUUAAGUCCAGGACAUGUGCUGUAUUCCUGUCUUUGUUCCUCCAUAAGUGAUGUGUGUCUGUCUUCAGAAGCACCCUCUGAGUAACAGUGAUUGGAAGUAAAGCAUCUGUCUCCAGAAUGUCUUCAGAAAAUAAAGAGCAGCAUAAUCUUUCACCAAGGGACUUACCUGAAGAAGCCUAUGGCUUCCCACCUGAGCUCCCCCUGGGGGCUCAAAGAGGAUCAAGCACUGACUUAAGGCAGUUUGAGCCCAGUGAUCGGAGAAGAGCUUUUCGUAGGAUCCACAUGGAACUCCAUGAGAAACCAGAUACUAACAUCAGACAGCUUGUCAUGAGAAAGCUUCAGAAGAGUUGCCAGUGUAAUGCAACCAAAAUCAGAAAUAGGAUUUUUGAUUUUUUUCCUGUUUUGAGGUGGCUCCCAAAAUAUGAUCUGAAGAAAAACAUUUUAGGUGACAUGAUGUCUGGCCUGAUUGUGGGUAUAUUGUUGGUGCCCCAGUCUAUUGCUUACUCCCUGUUGGCUGGCCAGGAACCUAUCUAUGGUCUGUACACAUCAUUUUUUGCCAGCAUUAUUUACUUCCUGUUUGGUACCUCCCGCCACAUCUCUGUGGGCAUUUUUGGAAUACUGUGCCUUAUGAUUGGUGAGGUAGUUGACCGAGAACUACAUAAAGCCUGCCCUGACAUUGAUACUACAUCAUCUUCCAUAGCAAUGUUUUCAAAUGGAUGUGUGGUAGUAAACCAUACAUUAGACGGACUCUGUGACAAAAGCUGUUAUGCAAUUAAAAUUGGCAGCACUGUGACAUUCAUGGCUGGAGUUUAUCAGGUAGCCAUGGGCUUCUUUCAAGUGGGCUUUGUGUCUGUCUACCUCUCAGAUGCCUUGCUGAGCGGGUUUGUCACUGGUGCCUCCUUCACCAUCCUCACGUCUCAGGCCAAGUACCUCCUGGGGCUGAGCCUUCCUCGGAGCAAUGGUGUAGGCUCAGUCAUUACUACCUGGAUCCACAUCUUCAGAAAUAUUCAUAAGACCAACAUCUGUGACCUCAUCACCAGCCUUUUGUGUCUCCUGGUCCUUGUGCCAACCAAAGAGCUCAACGAAUACUUCAAGUCCAAGCUCCCGGCACCAAUUCCAACUGAGCUCAUUGUCGUUGUGGCAGCCACAUUGGCUUCUCAUUUUGGAAAACUCAAUGAGAAUUACAAUUCCAGUAUUGCCGGGCAAAUUCCCACCGGGUUUAUGCCACCCCAAGCGCCAGACUGGAGCCUCAUUCCUAAUGUGGCUGUUGAUGCCAUAGCUAUUUCUAUCAUUGGUUUUGCUAUCACUGUAUCACUUUCUGAGAUGUUUGCCAAGAAACAUGGCUACACGGUGAAAGCCAAUCAGGAAAUGUAUGCCAUUGGCUUUUGCAAUAUCAUACCCUCCUUCUUCCACUGCAUAACUACUAGUGCCGCCCUUGCAAAGACACUGGUUAAAGAGUCAACAGGUUGCCAGACCCAACUGUCCGCUAUAGUGACAUCCCUCGUUCUUCUGUUGGUCCUUCUGCUAAUAGCUCCCUUAUUCUAUUCCCUCCAAAAAUGUGUCCUUGGUGUGAUCACCAUUGUAAAUCUCCGGGGUGCACUUCUGAAAUUUAGAGACCUGCCAAAGAUGUGGAGGCUCAGCAGAAUGGACACAGUUAUCUGGUUUGUGACGAUGCUGUCCUCUGCUCUGUUAAGCACUGAAAUAGGCCUGCUCGUUGGGGUUUGUUUUUCAAUGUUUUGUGUGAUUCUCCGUACUCAGAUGCCAAAGAUUUCACUGCUUGGUUUGGAAGAAGAAUCUGAAAUCUUCGAGUCCAUCUCCACUUACAAGAACCUUCGGAGUAAGUCAGGCAUCAAGGUUUUCCGCUUCAUAGCCCCUCUCUACUACAUAAACAAAGAAUGCUUUAAAUCAGCUUUGUACAAGAAAACGCUAAACCCAGUCUUGGUAAAAGCAGCCUGGAAAAAGGCAGCAAAAAGGAAACUGAAAGAGGAAACAGUGACUUUCCAUGGGGACCCGGAUGAAGUCUCAAUGCAGCUUUCCCAUGAUCCCUUGGAGCUGCACACCGUUGUGAUUGACUGUAGUGCAAUACAGUUUUUGGAUACAGCAGGGAUCCACACACUGAAAGAAGUUCGCCGGGAUUAUGAAGCCAUUGGUAUCCAGGUUUUACUGGCUCAGUGCAAUCCUUCUGUGAGGGAUUCCUUAGCCAAAGGAGAAUAUUGCAAAAAGGAAGAAGAAAAUCUUCUCUUCUACAGUUUGUCUGAAGCAGUAGCUUUUGCAGAAGAGUCUCAGAAGGAGAAAGGAGUGUGUGUGGUCAAUGGUUUGAGUCUUUCUGGUGACUGAGAAAAUUAAUGAGUCUUUCUGGUGACUGGGAAAGCUAAUAGAAGGAAGAAGAGUGUCUUGCCAGUUUCAGUGUGCAGCAUUUUCUCCUGUGAAGGAGGAAGCAGUGUACAUGUGAGAUGGCUUCCUUUGCAGCUAGCCUUUCGAUAGUCUCAUGUGCGGUAGAGCUUUUGGUUGGGUAGAAUCAAAAAGAAGUAACUGUUAUGGCUUCCAGCUUUUGUGCAGAUAGCAUUCUUGGGGUACAGUUGUAUAAACAGGACAGAACUUUAAAGCAGCCCCCCAGUUUAAUCGCCUUACUUUAGGGACUGACUGUGUAUCUGAACUCUGCCCUCUAGGACGCAGAGGGAGGUAAAAAUGGGUUUGCUUUACACACACUGGAGCCUUCGCAUGGCUCGGGAGAGGGGGAAAAAGGAGGCAGCGCUGCUGAUACAGAGGCUGCUGAAGCCCAAGGACUGAAGGAGACGAGUCCUGACCCUGCUGGUGUGCCUCUGUUUGGGGUUUGCUCCCCAGACAGCAGUAAGAUCUCUUGCUGAUAAUUGGAAAUCACCAUCUUGCUUCAUGCAGGAACUGUGCCAGUCUCAUAAAAGAAUCUGGCCCCCACAGCCAGCCUGAUACUAUUGUAUAGAACCUGUAUUAUAAACAUCAGAUGUGAUAGUCCUCCCUUUUUAUUCAGAAUAAGUAGGUAAGGAAAGAGUUCAAAACCAGAGCAGCAGUGGAAGACUUUGUCUUUGAGAACUUGUCUCCUGUUAAGCUCCAUCUCACCUUUGAUGUAUUCUCAUGCUUCCCGGGGAAUCUUUGCUAAAUUGGCAUUUUCAAACACCAUGGCAGUGUUGUCAGGGAAGGCAGGAUAUUGGCUCAGCCGCUUCUUACCACACUGUUGCGCUUGUGGUGCACAUUCUUGCCAAGAAAGAAUGAAUGACAGUUCCCCUUAAGAAAUGCUACCAUCCCGCCACUGAGGCAUUUUAUCAGGGAUCUGCUGGGGGUCGGUAGUCUUUCUUAAAUAGAAGUGGCCGUUUGUGGAUGAGCACAGAGGACAUCCAUCAUUACUUUGCAGAUGUGAAUGCAGUGCUGAUGCUUACUGCCAUGCACCUUGUUGUUUUAUGAUAAAUAUUGAUGUCUGUGGCCACUUUUAAUGCAGGAGGACUUCGAACCUUCACAGAACCCUAGAUUUAUUGGUGUGUCAUUCUCAGUAGCUGGCUGCAGAUUAUGAAUUGAGUCGUUUCUUCAGAAAAGGGCUUUGACAGGUAAGAAAAGUUCUCCCAAAUGUGGAAUAAAGGACUCAAAUGAGAUUAAAACAUUUAGUCAAACUAUUAUAGUAACAGUUUCUGAAUUGUAAAAUCAUUUUAGCCUGUUCUUACAUACCGAACAAUUUAAAAUGUUUGUGGGCAGCAAGCCCCGUGUGACGAACCAUGUGAGGUGGAAUGCUCUCAAACAGUUUAUAGACGUGAGCUCCAGAAACUGCCCCUGCAGUUUCUUAGUGGCAGAGUCCUCCUGCUUGCUUAUGUGGGAAAUGGCUUUCUAGGACUCCAGUAAAAGCAUCAGAGUAGAAAAUGUGGGUUUCUAGUGGUUCUGUUGAUAGCAUCCACAUUGCCAUCCCUCUGGACUCUGUCCUAGAGUUCCAGAAAUGUCGACUGCUGUUUGCUUGUCCUUUUGUCUCCCUAUCUUUAUGAAUAAUUGAAAAGUCAGUUUCCUAGUCAUUUUUGAAAAUCCCUCUUGCCUUCCCUCAGGCCAUGUUGGAAUUAAGACUGUUAAGAUGUUUAGUACUCAGGGACAGACUAGUAGGUACACGUUCAAUGGGGGUGGGAGAGGCGUUCAGGCAUUAAGAGCACUUGCUACUCUUGUAGGGGACCCGAGUUCAGUGUCCAGCACCCACAUUAGGCAGCUCACAACCACCUGCAACUAGCUCCAGGCGAUCUAACCCUCUCCUGACCUCCAUGGGACACACACACGCACGGGCACACACGCACACACACGGGCACACAUGCACAUCUAUUUUAAAACACAUGUUUAAGAUAACUCUAUACUCCAUUCAACACCAGCAUAGAAGAGGAGUGUUGGUUCAGUGUUGGCGGGAAGUACAUGCCCUUGACUGACUUGUAAGUCCAUCGUGUGGCUCUAACGGGUUCUGGAGCUUUACCUGUGCACUAGCAAAUUCCCGAGUUACGUCCUGAUCCGUGUUUGUCCCACAAAAGCAAACAGAAUCCUGCUUUUUAAACACGACUGCACUAGAGGCUGUUGCCACCUUUCUCUUUGGGUUGAUAUCUUCCUAAAUCGAACACCAAAAUUGAUUUUGAUUGCUGAUAUUUGAAGGAAUCAGAUUUAGAACCAAAGCCUAAUUUACCACCAGCACAGAAACAACAAAAGAAGCCAUUUUCUUUUGAUGCUUUAAACAUAUUUAUAAGCUUAUAAACAUAUUUAUAAACAUAUUUAUAAGUUAUCUUGCUUAUCCUGAACAUUAGAUGUAAACUAUUUCCUGAUUGUUUACAGAAUAGAACCUGAAUGCUGUUAAACAACUUUCGUUUAUUUGAAAUACAGAGUGUGCAUGUCUAUGUGUAUUUUAUGACAAGGUUUUAUGUGGCACAGGCUGGCCUCAAACAUACUAAGUAGCCAAGGGUGAGUGUGAACUGUUGGUCUCCUGCUUCAGCCUCCAGGUGCUGGAGUUAACAGGCCCAGGGUGGAAUAAGCUGGUGUGUGUGUAGGCCUGCUAGGAAAAGAACACAGUUGAGGAGAGUGAAAGGACAGAUCACCAAAGUCUGUAUUGACCAGAAAGGAAGAGACCUGGCUGGAUCCAGAUUGUGGUAAGCCCCACAGAAAGAUCAGGGUUCAGGAGCGUACCUCUAAGAGCAAUGUUAGAAAUAAGUUCUGUUUCUAGAAGGGGAAAGUCAUGGGUUCACCAAAGCUCCAAAGAGCUAAGAAGUGUAUUCUCACGUUGUAUCCAAAGUCUGGUGGGCCUGCUCAGGAGUACUGUCCCCCGUGAGCUGAGUGGCUGCAGUACUGUAUCUCAGACAGAGUAACUGGCAGGUGCCUUAGUUAAUUUUAAUCAGGGUCAGUGGAACAUGUAUGAUUUAUAUCAAAUUUUCAGCACAGUGAGUGGGGAACUUUGAGACUGCAUGGAGGUGAUAGAUGAGUUCAUUAGACUAAUGCUUCUGGCUACAUUCUGGCAAAAACAGUGUUCCUGUGCAGGGAUGUACCUGGCAGUUUGACAUUUAAGAACAUAUUGCCAGGAUUAACCCCAGUCCGCAAAGUAUAGAAAGGGGUGCAGUAAGUUUGAGGACAGUCUCUUCCUUUACAAUGAUGGUUGGAGAUCUGUGUCCCCUGUUAGUGUCCUCACUUCCAUGUUUUCUUGGAGGUGCUGACAGGGAUGAGCUGAAGGCUCUCUACACAGAAGUAAACACUUCUGCAUAGUCCCAAUGUCUGGGCGUCAGUGUUCCAGGGGGACUUAGAAGUGCUUCAUGGAGAGAGAUAACUUAGCUGGGGGCAGAUUGAGGUCUGAGCUGGAAGAGUGCCACUCAGGUAUAUCCAGGCAAGACUGGUUCCCCAGAAAAGUGGAAUUCUCCAGAUGAUUAGCUUUACAUUUGUGCCUAAUUUUUUGUUCCUUUGUAUUCUUCUCGGAAUCUUAAUUCUGGUGGUGUUUUAAUUUAAAUUUGGGCUUUAAAUUAAGUUGCAGAAAGGAUGGGUUGCUAAUUAGACUCAGUAGACACAGUGGCCUGUGAGGCACUUCAAGGCUGGGGCAGGAGGAUUGGCCAGCCUGAGAUAGUUGGUGAGACUUUGCCAGAAGAAGAGAAAAGAAAACUAGCUAGCUGUUGGGACCCAUUCGUCAUCCAACUCCUUUUUUUAUAUAUUAAGAUUUUAGUAAAUCAUGGAUCAUAGUACAUUUGGGUGCUAAGUUUAAGCAUGAAAACUAUACUAUCACAGGACAAAACAGUGCACCAGCUGGCUUGGUAUAGGCUAUUUCAUAAAGUAUAACUGAAUUACUUUGUGUUAAAAGUAAAUUUUUUAAAGGUUUUUUUUUUAAAUAGUAACUUGGAAAUGGAGGGUUUAGAUGUAGAAGGGGGCAUUUUUAAUAAGGUAAUUUUUAUCAUGAACUAUUUUUUUUUUUACCAAAAGUAUUUUGUAACUGAAAUUUUAAAGUAAAUCUGCUAAGUAUAAUUAGAAACUCAAAUAAAUGUUAUGCUAGUAUAUUUUUGAGUAUGUAUUUUGUACCCUAUGACUUAGUUUAAAAUAAGAGCAUGUUGAAGUGUCAGACUAGGUAGUGAGAGUAACAGAUGCCUUUUGGAGACACUGUAUUCUAGUCUGUCAUAGCUGCUAGGUCACAAAGGGUUUCAAUGUGCAACCUUAACAGACUUAUUCUGGGGAUAAUCCCACACUCUGCAUUGUAUCCCUAGCAAGAAAUAUAGAACCAAAUAGCUCCUUCCUCCUCUUGAAGGCAAAUCAUUUGGGAAAUUGGGAUCUCAGUCCUGAUGCUGCCAUGGCUUCUGUGUCUUAGCAGUAAGUGUAAAAAUACCUACCUAGCCUGGCUUUCCCACUUCAUAGCAUUGUGUACAAAUGCAGACAACAUGACAAAGGGUUUAGCCGUCACCACCCUUCUUGGCCAGGCCUGAUUACUACUGAAGUGCCUCAGUGUUGCCCCCAUAGAUGAGUGCCCACCUGUCCUUCAGACCAGGGUGUGGUGCUUCCCAUUGAGGGGAGGGAGCUGUCAAUCAUUUAUUUCCAUCUGGAAGAAUAUGUUUGUAUUGCUUAUUUUAUAAGGUCUUCUAUGUAUUUGAGAUUUAAGGGUGCCAUUUCUUUGUUAAUAAAUUGUUAUAAUAAAAUGAUACUGUGUAAAUUA